AUGAAUGCUGCGGUUGCACAAUAUCUUGAGGAAAUUGGAUUUGAAAAGUGGGUCCGGUCGUACUUUCCAGGGGUACGUUACAAUGUAAUGACGAGCAACUGGGCUGAGAGCUUCAACAACACAAGUAAGGAUGCAAGAGGCUUCCCGAUCACUGCUGCUGUGGCAUUCCUGAGGUCCAAAGUCCAAAAGUGGUUUGCUUCACGAAAAGAAAAAGCUGACAAGUGGACGAAACCCCUAGCACCAGAAAUGGAGGAGGACUUGGCAUUGCAUUUUGAAAAAUGUCGGUUUUUGAACGUUGACUCAUGCGGACCUUACACGUUGCAGGUUCACCCUGGAGGAACAGUUCUCACCGGUGGCGUAGUGGACUUGCAGGAACAGAGUUACACUUGCGGCUUGUUCCAGUGCAUGAAGUUUCCUUGUCCUCAUGCAUGUGCUGCAUCUCAGGAGCGAAGUAUUAGCGUGUACACACUAUGCUCGCCAUAUUACACAACAGAAUAUUGGAGGAGGACAUACGAAGGAACAAUUAUGCCAGUUGGUGACGAGGAUGAUUGGGAAUUGCCUGAUGACAUAAAGAACAUGACAGUUGGAGUGCCUGUUGAGAAGCAACUAGUAGGGCGACCCAAGAAGCAAAAGGUUGGAAGAAUUAAGAACAACCGAACUGCUUGUAAUGGUGAAAGGAUUAUCAAAUCACGAAACUGUAGCAAGUGCGGUGCCAAGGGGCACAACAGAAGCACUUGCACCUACCGAGGUUGA